AUGAUGAGACUAGCUAUUUUGCUCGUUGUCGGUGUUAUUGCCAGACAGACAUACGGUGAUGCACCAGAAGCUAUCGUGGGUGGUUUCGUAGCCACGGCAGGUCAAUUUCCACACCAAUGCUCUCUUCGAGUUUAUGGGCAACAUAUUUGCGGGGGUACCAUUAUCAGCUCUACUCAUAUUGUCACAGCAGCUCAUUGCGUUGACAAUCCUAGUUAUGCGAGAAGCAUGACUAUUGCAACCGGUACUCUUAGUUCGACAUCAGGCACAAUACAUCAAGUCAAGGAAAUUAAGAUACAUCCAGGCUACACUGGUGAGCAACGUACCGCCUGGAAGGACGACAUCGCUGUUAUUAUUUUGACAAAACCGAUGACAUUUAACAGUUACCAAAAACCCGUCCCUCUAGCGUCUCGAGAUUAUACCACUGGCACUUAUCGCGGUAUAACUAGUGGGUGGGGAAAGACCAGCGUAAACUCAAACAUUUCACCGAACCUUAAAUGGCUUGCAGUAAACAUUUUGAGUAAAGUGAAUUGUUUAAAAGCACACAACUAUCCACAGACCAAUGAUAAACAUAUGUGCACCUUGGAGAAGCAAGGUCAAGGUGUAUGCCAAGGCGACAGCGGCGGUCCUCUCAUAAUCAAUGGCGAACUUUGUGGUGUCACCUCUUGGGUCGCACCUUGUGCUUUGGGUAUACCUGAUGUAUUCACUAAUGUUUUUUACUAUUUGGACUUUAUCAAGCGGUGCCAACUCGUCUUUCAAGUGUCUAGCAGCAUACGAGAUGCCGGCGAUGUAUUCGAGCAGGUGUUAUUUAACAAUUGCAUGGGUAAUAUGCACGAUAUACUUGAUAUGGCGAUAUGGCAACCAGCUGUUAUACAAGAGACAUAUGGUGAUGCACCAGAAGCUAUCGUGGGUGGUUUCGUAGCCACGGCAGGUCAAUUUCCACACCAAUGCUCUCUUCGAGUUUAUGGGGAACAUAUUUGCGGGGGUACCAUUAUCAGCUCUACUCAUAUUGUCACAGCAGCUCAUUGCGUUGAGGAGAAAUGGGAACACCCAUACAUGACUGUUGCAACCGGUACUCUUAGUUCGACAUCAGGCACAAUACAUCAGAUCAAGGAAAUUAUGAUACAUCCAGGCUACACUGGUGAGCAACGUACCGCCUGGAAGGACGACAUCGCUGUUAUUAUUUUGACAAAACCGAUGACAUUUAACAGUUACCAAAAACCAGUCCCUCUAGCGUCUCGAGAUUAUACCACUGGCACCUAUCGCGGUAUAACUAGUGGAUGGGGAAAGACCAGCGUAAAGUCAGAUGUUGCGCCGUACCUUAAAUGGCUUGGAGUAAACAUUUUGAGUAAAGUGGAUUGUACGAAAGCACACAGAUAUCCACAGACCAAUGAUAAACAAAUGUGCACCUUGAAGAUGAAAGGUCAUGGUGUCUGUCAAGGCGACAGCGGCGGUCCUCUCAUAGCCAAUGGCGAACUUUGUGGUGUCACCUCUUGGGUCGCACCUUGUGCUUUGGGUAUUCCUGAUGUAUUCACUAAUGUUUACUUCUAUAAGGACUUCAUCAAGCAGUGCCAACUGUAUUGA